AUGAUAGCCACUGACUUCCAGCCUUUCUCAAUAGUGGAGGACACAGGAUUCAAAAAAUAUUCACAGGCGCUCAACCCCUCCUACAUUCCUCCAAGUAGGAAGGCACUAGCCCAGAAGGUCACGGAUAUGUAUGACAGGGAGACAGCAUCUUUGAAGAGAAGGGUGUCAAAUGAGCGGCACACAGCAGACAACAUUGCACAACAGCUGCUUAGUGUUGCAGCAGAGUGGGGGGUGGACAAGAAAGUAGUGUGCUGCCUAACAGAUAAUGCGGCAAAUGUUACUAAGGCUAUACAAACCAUUGGAUGGAUGCACCUACCAUGCCUGGCCCAUACUAUUAACCUGGUGGUAAGAGAUGCCCUGCAAGCUUCAAAGCCCAUCAUUGAUAAGGUGAAAGAGGCAGUGGAAUACUUUCACAGAAGCACCGUGGGGGCACAAAAACUGAAGGAGACUCAACUACAAAUGAAGAUGGAGGAGCUCCGACCAAAACAGGAUUGUCCUACAAGGUGGAAUUCCACCUACUACAUGUUGAAAAGCUUUAUUGCCAGUAAAAAUGCUAUAAUCUCCACCCUGGCCGUCACCAAUGCACCUGUCCGCCACCUGUCCCAGGAGGAAUGGACCACAGUGCAAGAAAUGUGCACAAUCUUGCAACCAUUUGAGGAAGUCACUGUGGAACUCAGUGCAGAAAGCUACUUGACAGCCUCGAAGGUCAUAGUGCUGGCCAGGGGACUUCAAAGAGCCACAGCUGAUUUCCGGCGAAAAACUACAACAGCGGUAGCGCAAGGUGUGAUCGACAGUCUGUGUGCGAGUAUGUCAUCGCGAUUCCACAUGAUUCAUGCCAACCACAUACUAGCAGAGGCUGCUGCACUUGACCCGCGUUUUAAGAGGAUGGCCUUCCCUGAUGGCAGAACAGCAGAUGAGACGUUUCAAAGGCUGUCAACUGCAGCAGCAAGAAUUAGCAGUGGCAAACCCAUCCAACAGCAACCAGCUGUGGAAGGACUGGAAGGAGCAGGCAGUGGUGCUGGAUCAAUAGUUUGGAGCUAUUUCCAUGAGGAAGUAGCUGGAACAGUGGAAGCCAGGAAUCCAACCGCUGAUGCUGUCAUGGAGGUGCGAGCCUACCUGGAGGAGCCUCUUCUUCCAACACAUGAGGAUCCCCUCAAGUGGUGGGAGAGUCGAGCCCCUGUUUACCCCAGGCUUAGCAAGCUGAUGGCCAAGAAGCUUUGUGUUGUGGCGACAUCAGUUCCCUCUGAGAGAAUAUUCUCAAAAACGAUUAUUUCCAGGCAGAGUUAG